AUGUCACCGGAAAAUUUCAAUUUUGAACCAGCGGCAGAUGGAGAAGAGAGAGCACUCCCAUCGAAUCUCAGUUCAGGCGACAAACCCGGCGGCAGAGGAGGAAGAAAGAGCCGCCCGGAGUCAGAGGAGUCAGGCAGAUCGAUGGGAUUGGUUUUCAGACCAAUCUUGCUGGCUCCAAUUGCUUCAAUUUUCCAGGCCAACACCUCCGUAGGAACCUGUACUGCAGAUUACUCUCGCUUCAAGGACGGUGGAGAUUGA